AUGUUCUUGGGACCUUGGCCUUUCUUUCACCUUAUGCUCUGGUUUGCAGCUCCCAGAAGACAGCGAAGACACCAUGGCCUUGUAACUUUCAAGCUCCUGUGGUGUGUGUGCCUCCUGGCCCUCACGUCCAUCCCGCAACAGGUGUGCGGACCCCCUUACAAGAUAGGGGUGGUGGGCCCUUGGGCUUGUGAUCCGUUGUUCUCAAAAGCUCUGCCUGAGGUUGCUGCUCGAUUAGCCACUGAGCGGAUCAACAGGGACCCAUCAUUUGACCUGGGUUACUCUUUUGAAUACGUGAUUCUCAAUGAAGACUGCCAGACUUCCGGAGCCCUUGCCAGUUUCAUUUCUCACCACCAGAUGGCCUCAGGAUUUAUUGGACCUGCCAAUCCCGGCUACUGCGAGGCAGCCUCGCUCUUGGGAAACAGCUGGGACAAAGGGAUUUUCUCUUGGGCCUGUGUGAAUUAUGAAUUAGACAAUAAAAAUAGCUAUCCGACCUUUUCUCGGACACUUCCUUCUCCCAUCCGUGUGCUGGUAACCGUCAUGAAAUAUUUCCAGUUGGCUCACGCUGGAGUCAUUUCCUCAGAUGAAGACAUUUGGGUGCACACAGCCAAUCGAGUCGCAAGUGCUCUUCAGAGCCGGGGCCUACCUGUAGGGGUCGUCCUGAGCACAGGACGAGACAGCCAAAGCAUUCGGGAAGCUCUCCAGCAGAUUCGCCAGGCUGACAGAAUUCGCAUAAUCAUCAUGUGUAUGCAUUCGGCCUUGAUUGGGGGAGAGACUCAGAUGCAUCUCUUGGAAUGGGCUCAUGAUCUGAAAAUGACUGAUGGAACCUAUGUCUUUGUUCCUUAUGAUGCCCUGCUCUACAGUUUACCUUAUAAGCAUACACCCUACCAGGUCCUGAGGAACAACCCAAAACUCCGGGAAGCCUAUGAUGCUGUGUUGACCAUUACAGUGGAGUCCCAAGAAAAGACCUUCUACCAAGCCUAUACUGAGGCAGCAGCUACACAUGAAGUUCCUGAGAAGCUGGACUCAGAUCAAGUUUCACCGUUGUUUGGAACCAUCUACAAUUCAAUUUACUUUAUCGCACAAGCCAUGAAUAAUGCUAUGAAAGAAAAUGGACAGGCUAGUGCUGCCAGCCUGGUUCAGCAUUCCAGAAACAUGCAGUUCUAUGGAUUCAACCAGUUGAUAAGGACAGAUUCAAAUGGAAAUGGAAUUGCAGAAUAUGUAAUCCUGGACACCAACUGGAAAGAAUGGGAACUGUAUAGCACUUACACUGUGGACAUGGAAACGGAGCUGCUACGGUUCAGAGGGACCCCCAUUCACUUCCCUGGUGGCAGGCCCCCUCAAGCAGAUGCAAAAUGCUGGUUUGCAGAAGGGAAGAUCUGUCAAGGAGACAUCGACCCUGCCUUUGCCGUGAUGGUCUGUCUCGCUUUGCUUAUAGCCCUGUUGUCUAUUAAUGGACUUGCUUACUUUAUAAGGCGUCGUAUAAAUAAAAUCCAGUUGAUUAAAGGACCCAACAGAAUUCUACUGACUUUGGAGGAUGUGACAUUUAUCAAUCCCCACUUUGGCAGUAAGAGAGGAAGUCGUGCCAGUGUAAGCUUCCAGGUCACCUCAGAAGUCCAAAGUGGGUGGUCCCCAAGGCUCUCCUUUUCUUCAGGGAGUCUAACUCCAGCUACCUAUGAAAACUCCAACAUAGCAAUUUAUGAGGGUGAUUGGGUGUGGCUGAAGAAGUUCCCCUCUGGAGGUUUUGGAGACAUUAAGUCCAUCAAAGCACGUGCAAGUAAUAUGUUUGAAAUGAUGAAGGACCUACGUCAUGAAAAUAUUAACCCUUUAUUGGGCUUCUUCUAUGAUUCAGGAAUGUUUGCCAUUGUGACAGAAUUCUGUUCCAGAAGGAGCCUAGAAGACAUAUUGACAAAUCAGGAUGUGAAACUUGACUGGAUGUUUAAAUCAUCACUUCUGUUGGAUCUCAUCAAGGGCAUGAAGUACUUACACCACAGAGAGUUUGCUCAUGGGAGGCUGAAGUCUCGGAACUGUGUGGUUGACGGGCGUUUUGUGCUGAAAGUGACAGAUUACGGCUUUAAUGAUAUCUUGGAAACACUAAGACUCUCCCAAGAGGAACCUUCUGCAGAAGAGUUGCUAUGGACGGCCCCUGAACUGUUGAGAGCUCCAAAAGGCAGCAGGUUAGGUUCUUUUGCAGGAGAUGUCUAUAGCUUUGCCAUCAUCAUGCAAGAAGUGAUGGUCCGGGGCACCCCAUUCUGCAUGGUGGAUCUGCCUGCCAAAGAAAUCAUAGACAGACUUAAGAAGCCUCCUCCUGUGUACAGACCAGUGGUUCCUCCUGAGUAUGCCCCUGCAGAAUGUCUCCAGCUAAUGAAGCAGUGCUGGGCUGAAGCUGCAGAACAGCGACCAACUUUUGAUGAAAUAUUUAAUCAGUUUAAAACUUUCAAUAAAGGGAAGAAGACCAAUAUCAUUGAUUCCAUGCUUCGGAUGUUGGAACAAUAUUCUAGCAACUUGGAAGAUUUGAUCCGGGAACGGACUGAAGAGCUGGAAAUUGAAAAACAGAAAACGGAAAAGCUUCUAACACAGAUGCUACCACCGUCAGUUGCUGAAUCCCUCAAAAAGGGCUGCACGGUUGAACCUGAGGGUUUUGACUUGGUCACCUUGUACUUCAGUGACAUUGUGGGCUUCACCACCAUUUCCGCCAUGAGUGAGCCCAUUGAGGUGGUGGAUCUUCUCAAUGACCUGUACACACUCUUUGAUGCCAUCAUUGGCAGUCAUGAUGUCUACAAGGUAGAGACCAUUGGAGAUGCUUACAUGGUGGCCUCAGGCCUCCCAAAGAGGAAUGGCAGUAGGCAUGCAGCUGAGAUUGCAAACAUGUCCCUAGAUAUCCUGAGCUCCGUUGGUACCUUCAAGAUGCGACACAUGCCAGAGGUCCCAGUCCGGAUUCGAAUAGGCCUGCAUUCAGGGCCCGUUGUUGCAGGAGUGGUGGGUCUCACCAUGCCCAGAUACUGCCUGUUUGGAGACACUGUGAACACAGCUUCUCGGAUGGAAUCAACAGGGUUACCUUACCGCAUUCAUGUCAGUCACAGCACCGUGACAAUUCUUCAAGCUCUAAGUGAGGGCUAUGAAGUGGAGCUUCGAGGAAGGACAGAGCUCAGGGGCAAAGGCACAGAAGAGACCUUCUGGCUGGUUGGAAAAAAAGGCUUCACAAAACCUCUUCCUGUGCCCCCACCAGUGGGCAAAGAUGGGCAAGUAGGCCAUGGCCUGCAACCAGUGGAGAUUGCAGCCUUCCAAAGAAGAAAAGCAGAAAGGCAGCUGGUGAGAAACAAGCCAUAA